AUGGACAAACUCAAAGCAUCCUUCCAGUCGACCCUUGACUCUGCCAAGGAGAAGAUCGGUGGUGACGAGGCUAUCGACAACGCCAAGAACCAGGCCAACAUCUACUACAACAAAGGCAAAGACCAGGCCUCGUCGGCGGCUGAUAAGGCGAAGGAGCAGGUGGAUAACUCGUUUGGUGGUUCGAAGGCUGGUGAUGACAAAUAG